AAGUUCAAAUUAAGAAGCGGAACUCUGCCACCAACGGUCUUGAUUUUCAAAAUUACAUCUCUCCUUCCUCUCUUCCUCUCUUCCUCUCUUCCCUUCACUUGAUCUCUCGCCACUGCUUACGCGAACAAUCUUCCACAUUUCAAUGGCUUCCGAAAUUCUUGCACCUGCUGCAUCAACAAAUCACUCUGCAAUCUCAAAGGUCAGAGUGGUCGCAAGGGUUCGUCCAUUUCUCCCCUUAGAAGGUUCAGUAAAAAGUUAUAGGGUUCCAGUUUCAUGCAUUUCUGUCUUGGAUCAAGCCCAAAUCUCCCAAGAGGAGGUCACCGUUCAUCUAAAAGAUCCGGAAACCAGUCGAAACGAGUGCUAUCAAUUGGACUCGUUUUAUGGCCAAGAAGAUCAUACGGUGAGGCAGAUAUUCGAUAAAGAAGUUAAUCCUUUGAUUCCUGGACUCUUCCAUGGAUGCAACGGAACUGUGUUUGCUUAUGGGGCUACUGGCAGUGGAAAGACUUACACAAUGCAGGGUACUGAAGAGGAACCAGGUCUCAUGCCGCUAGCCAUGUCUAGAAUUUUAUCACUUUGUGAGGAAACUGGGUGUAGAGCAGAGAUUUCAUACUAUGAAGUUUAUUUGGAAAGGUGUCACGAUCUUCUGGAGCCCAAAGCUAAAGAAAUUGUAAUUCUGGAUGAUAAAGAAGGACAAAUUCAUCUUAGGGGAUUGUCUAAGGUUGCUGUAAAUUCCAUGUCUGAAUUCCGGGAGACAUUGGCUAUAGGAUUUCAGAGGCGGAAAGUUGCUGAUACUGAUCUUAACGAUGUUUCGAGUAGAAGUCAUGGGGUUCUUGUAAUUGCAGUUUCAUCGCCGGUUUGUGCUGAUUCUGGGGCUUCUGUCACAGGGAAGCUCAAUCUCAUAGACUUGGCAGGUAAUGAAGAUAACAGGAGGACUGGCAAUGAAGGGAUUCGCCUUCAAGAGAGUGCGAAAAUCAACCAGUCUUUAUUUGCACUUUCCAAUGUGAUAUAUGCAUUAAACAAAAACCUUGCUCGAAUUCCUUACAGAGAAAGCAAAUUGACCCGCAUAUUGCAGGAUUCGCUUGGUGGAACAAGCCGUGCUUUGAUGAUAGCUUGCCUGAAUCCCGGCGCAUAUCAGGAGGCUGUGCAUACAGUCAGCUUGGCAGCUCGAUCGCGUCAAAUUUCAAAUUUUGUUUUGCCGGUCCAUAAACACGGAACUCCACAGGCUAAAGUUGACAUGCAAUCGAAGCUGCAAACUUGGCUUGAGUCAAAAGGCAAGACCAAGAGUGCACAAAGAAUUGGAGGGUUUGGUUCUCCAUUUUCUAGUAAAACUCCUUGUUCUACUGCUUCAAAAUUGAGAAAACCUCUCUUCAACAGUUCUGCCAAAGUUAAGAAAACUGCUGACCAGAGUGCUUGGAAACAAGAAAAAGAAAGGAGUGUAACCGUGGCUUUCGGAAACUUGGUUGAAAAGGAAGAUGUAGUUAAUUCUAUCACAACCAAAGAUCACGAUGCAGUAGUCAAGGUGAAAUUUAAUAGUCCAAGAAAGGCUCUAUCACCACUCCACAAUAACGGAAUCCAAAAGCCUAUGCUGGAAGUUUCGCUUACUGACCAUUUACUAACAGCAAAUACUCCAAAAACACCGCUCCCUGCAAAUGGAGAACUCAAAUCUUUUGGGACCCCACUGGAUAAGUUUGGUGCCCAAGUAUCAACCCUGAAGAGUUGCGUUGCACAAGAAUAUGUGGAUUUCUUGAAUACAGCAAGCAGAGAGGAACUAGUAGAAUUGAAGGGCAUCGGAGUGAAAAUGGCUGAGUACAUUCUUGAUCUCAGAGAAACUAGUCCAUUGAAAUCGCUCACUGACUUGAAGAAACUAGGACUCUCAUACAAGCAGAUUCACAACUUAUUCAGCAAAGCUGCAAGAGGGAUGUUUGAUAGAACAGAAGAUUUACCAGAAACAACAUUAUCCACCAAUGAUGAAGAAAGAAGAUGUAAUAAUGUAUUGGGAAGCGUGCCAUAGCAACAUCCUCCAAGUUGCUGUAUGUUUAAUAUUUGUACUGAGUAGAGAAAAUUGUCUAUGUGUGAUUUAGGAUUGCCGACUGCCGUGAUGGGCUUCCUUGAUGUUCUAAGCCCCGUCUCUCUGUAUUAUUUAAUAUCCAUUUGUAACUAAUGUGAACUUAUGGCUGAUCAAUUUAAUUCAUGCUGAAAGUUGUUUCCAUGUA